AUGUCCACGCCACAAGAGAUUCAGAAUCGAAUACAAGAAGCCGUUGGAAUUCAAGUAUCCUCUGAAUGGUUACAUACGUGUAUCGCCCAUCUACAACAGCAACCUGGUACUGGUGGAUCAUUGGUGGAUCGCUGCGUGCAUCAACUCCUUUAUAGCGACAUUCGAGAUUUGGUGGAGAACAAUGCCAAUUCUUCUCAAGUGAUGGCACACAACACUCUCCAAGGUUUGAUUGCGAGGUCCAAACAACAACAACAACAACAACAACAACAGACUCCCAUUCAAACUCCUAACGACUUUUGCAUGCUAGUCCAACUGGAAGAAGCCAUUGAUUUUUCUCUAUCCCGCGAAAAUCGAUUCAAUCCAAUGCAUUUUAAUGCGAGGGUCCAACAAAAUAACCACAACAAUUACAACAACAGAAAUGCUCUUCCACGCCAACGGUGUCUCAAACUUUGUCUCUCGAGUGGUAUGAAUAAUGCCUCACAAGAAGUAUUGGUGGCCCAAGAAUCAUCUUACAUUUCCAAUUUGAAACCCGACAGUCCUUCUGGCAUGAAGAUUGUUUUAAAAGGUCCCAUUAUCAUCAAACAUGGCUAUUUGCAAUUGCACAAUGGCAAUUGUACGGUAAUUGGUGGUCAAGUACAAGCAUUGGUAGAACUCCAAAAAGCUGCCAUGGAAAAGGCCCGCAAGGAAAUGGGAGUUGGGAUUGAUCCAACGGUGCGAGCCUUGGUGGGUGUUGGUGAUUUGUUGCCCGAUGAGCCUGAAGAAGGAGAAGGUGAUGAUGAGGAAAUGGCAACCAAUGCAACAUCACCAGCACCAGCAGCACCACCGCCACCACUACAGCAUCAUACUAUUUUUACAGCACCGUCGGUACCAACCACAACAAAUAAUGGACCGACUACUGCUGCUACUACUACAACAAUGAAUGGUGCCCAAAGUACUAGGACUGGGAGGAUGAUCUCAAAUGGUUCCACCACGAGCAACCGCACGAAUGACAGUAACAAUGAUUACAGCAGCAGCAAUACCAGCCGUGGUGCAACGCAUGCAUCGGCACCUGCGCCUGUUGUUCCAGCACCAAUAGUACCACAAGCUCCAAACAAUCCGUAUCGGAAUGCUGGUCCGUUUGGUAUUAUCAAUACAACAGCAGCACCAGCAGCAACAGCAACAACAACAACAACAACGAUUCCCAAUCCACAACAAGGACAGUCGAAUCAAAGCAGUAGUAGAAAUCAAAAUCCCUAUGCAAAAACAACAACGACAACACCCAAUCCACAACAAACACAAAACCCCUAUGCUGCUGCUCGUCGACGACAAGGAUCUGUUGCCGUUGCCAGAGUUUCCAUAUCGCCAACCAAUGUUGUUUCCAUUAGCAACAGCAGCAGCAACAACAAUAAGAGCAACAAUCCAUAUGCCAAGGGCAAUGCUGCUUCGCCCUUUAUAACAGCACAAGCCGCACUGCUAUCCACAACAACUACAACUGCAACAACUACUACAACGCCUUCCAGCAAGACCAGCAUGACAAUCACUCCUGCUAGUGCCAGUAGAUCUGCUACUACUAGUAUGAUUGCGCCCAAGAGAAAUCCAUACGCCAAGCCCAGCAGCAGCAAUAAUUCCAAUCAUCAUCAUCAUCAUCAUCAUCAUCAAGGACAUACAACGACAACAAGUGUCUCUCGAACGGUAAUACCGGUAUCCUCCACAUCGGGCUUUCAAACUGCUUCUACCAUGCUCUCUACGAUUGGUGGCAGCAGCAACGCUGCAACAGCGGCACCUCCGUCUACCUCGUCAUUGUCUCCAGCAGCUUCCGACAACUUGUUGCAAAACAUUACGUUUUCCAAUCUGUACAAACUACUGGAACAAGCAGUGCAAAACAGGCAACUAUAUGAGACUUAUGCGGCUAUAACCUUUCGAGUGUCCAUGUUCCACAAGACGGGUAAUCUUCACUUUAAUAUUGGCAAAAACAGGGACUAUAAGAAAUUGAAACCGGCAAACAAAUAUUGUUUCAUCAUGCAAGCUACCUUUGGCAGCACCACCAACACGGACUUGUUGUUGGCCUGUAAGUUUCCAUCCACCUUGAUUGAGCCUUAUUUUGAACUCUCGCCGAAAGAAUUGCGUGACCUUGCCAAAGUAGAUCGAAUCAAAAGCGAUCGCAUCGUCAAGGAAGGCGGGGACAAGGUCCGGGCCAAAUUCUUUCCCUUGCAAUAUUACAAGGCCAGGCUCUUUCCAACGGUGGAUGAAGUCUUUGGUGGUGGCGGCAUCAGCAAUUUUGCAUUGGACAAUGUCAAUGCACCCAUUCUAAUCCUGGAACCUGAUAAAACUUGA